AUGAAAAUUGCUGCUUUCAACAUUCGGCGAUUUGGACUGAAAAAAGUGUCAGACCCACUUGUCUUGUCAACACUUGUGAGGAUUGUGUCUCGGUAUGACAUCAUCCUGAUUUUGGAGGUGACGGACUUGAGUGGGGAUUCUGUGGACAUCUUCCUGAAAGAGCUGAAUGCGGCAAACACGGAGCAUCACUACACAGUGAAGAUUAGCACCCGCCUGGGCAGGACCAGAUACAAGGAGCAGUUCCUCUUUCUCUAUAGAGAUGAUUUGGUGGAUUUGGAGGGGUCGUACCAGUAUGAGGACAACCAGACAGGAGACCUUGAUGCUUUUGCUCGGGAGCCUUAUAUAUUGCGCUUUAAGUCCUUUCACACAGUUUUGAAGGAUCUGGUCCUAAUCCCAGUGCACACUAAACCAGAUGAUUCCCUGAAAGAGCUGGAUGAGCUAUAUGAGGUGUUCAUGGCUGUCAAAAAGAAGUGGCACACAGAUAAUAUCAUGAUUCUUGGGGACUUCAACGCAGAUGGAACAUAUGUGUCUGACUCAGACUACAAAAACAUCCGCAUCAGGCACGACAAGAACUUCCAUUGGCUGAUUGGAGAUGAUGUGGACACUACUGCCAACACAGGAAAUGAACACACUUAUGACCGGAUUGUGGUGUAUGGGCAGGACAUGCUGGAGGCUGUAGUCCCCGGCUCUGCUCGCCCAUUCAACUUCCACACGGAAUAUAACCUGACAGAGGAGAUGGCCCUGAGAGUCAGCGAUCACUACCCUGUUGAGGUGGAGUUGCGCCGUGAAGUUCAUGAACCCAUUGGAUGGAAAUUCUUACCCAGAGGUCCAAUGCCAAACCAUGCUCACCAACCACAAGGCCCAGUUGGUACCCAGGAACCGAUCCCACAGAGCGAGCUACCAUCCUAUGACCCACACCCACAAACUAACCAUUCACACUAUGGUCCAAUGUCAAAGAGCAACCAAUCAUAUUAUGGCUCAGCCACUGGAAGCAACCAGUCGCUAUAUCCAGUCAUUAGAGGCGACGUGCAACCUCCCAACCCUGUCACACAGGACAACAACACACCUCACCAUCCAAGUACAGCAGGCAACCAGCAAGACUAUGGUACAACCAGAGAUGGCCACUCUGGGAUCCUCCCACUUCAAGGAAGUGCUUUCGUGAUCUUCCCCCCAGUAGUGGAGCACUUGAUGGUGGAGGUGCUGGGGCUGCAGAAGGACAACCUGCAGCUGGAGAAAGAGAAGCUCAGUCUGGAGAUCCAGAUGUUGAAGCACAACCUGGCCAGAGUUGACAGAGGGUGA